AUGUCUCGCGAAGGAUACCAAAUUCCUACCGCCUCUACCGGCCAGCGCGGCGGUACCCGCGACGACCAACAGGUCCGCCAUGUCAUGUCCUACCUCUGCGGCGAUUGCGGCGGCAGCGUCACCCUCGGCAAGGACGCUCUUGUCGCAUGCCCUCACUGCGCCGGUCGCAUUCUCUACAAGGAACGAACUAAGCGUAUGGUGCAGUUCGAGGCCCGAUAG